AUGUUAUGCUAUGAUGCCAACGUCAAAUACCUGUGGCCCUUCAUCUUGUUCCUGUUAGUUGUAGCUCCCGGCGGGGUUGCUGCCGCCGACCGGUUUGGUUUGCCGGAGCGGGACACUCCUACGCACCUGAACUUCUUCCGGUCGGCAUUGCGGGGGAGGCAAAGAGUUUUGUCAUGUGCCGACGAUCCUAACGUGUGUGUGGAUCGCGGGAAGAACCCAUGGGGAGGCAGCACAUGUUGCUUCAGGAAAUUCUGCAAGGAUACCUUGAGGGAUUCGGACAAUUGUGGGGCAUGCGGGCAGACAUGUGCUUAUGGAUUUGUUUGUUGCGAUGGGAAGUGCGUUGAUCUUCGAAAUGAUCCACGCCAUUGUGGUUCUUGUUUUCAGGAGUGUCCUGGACAAGGUAGGUGCUCCUUUGCAAUGUGUGAUUAUAGUGGAUGA